CCAUUUCUCCUUUUCUCUAUAUAAAGUCUCUCACCUCUCUCUCUCUCUCCUUUCUUCCUUUUAGUUUUACCUCAUCGGUUAUCAUACAAAUUCUCCUUCAUUUGAUCUGUGUUUAGUUUUUGUGUUAUUUGGGUUUCUGAGUUUCUCUCUCAACUUCCAAAUUCUUCUCUUUCUCUCAUCUCUGAGCCUCUGCAUCUAUUCUGGCUUCAAAGCUAUGGUGGAUCUUCAAACCGUGUGUUGCAUGUGCGGUGACGUUGGUUUCCCUGACAAACUUUUCCGCUGCAACAAAUGCCACCACCGAUUCCAACACUCGUAUUGUAGUAACUACUAUGGGGAAUUACCUGAGAUAGAACUGUGCGAUUGGUGCCAAAGUGAGGAGAAAAACUCAAGACAUAUUAUUGGCUCCAAUUCGAAGAAACCGGUGGUCGGAAACGACGCCGGAACGACGACCCGUUCAGAAUAUUCCGGCGAGAAAAUCAAGCAGCAUGAUCGUGAAGAGAGCGGUUCCGAAAAGGGGAAGAGCCCAACACCUUCGCCGAGAACCGCCACACGCAGGUACAAGCUUCUCAAGGAUGUAAUGUGUUAAAGAACGAGAGAGAAAGAGAGAAAGAAACAACGCAUCCCAAAAAACCCAGAAGAAAAAAAAUUAGUAUUAAUUAGGAGACUUUUGUGUCAAAAGUGUUUGGUGUUUAUAGUUUUAGUAGUAGUAGUAGUAGUAGCUUUGCAAAGACUGUGUUUAUGAGUGUUUCUACUUUUCAUCAAGCUGUGAAUAUAGAACUAUGUAACUUCAAUAUGUACUAAUCUCAUAAUCUAAGUUUCAAGCUAUAAUAAUUAUUAGGUCCACU